CGAAAACGACGAUGACGUCUACUCUAACCACCUCAUAUCUUUUUCCACAAUCAGAAUGACUUUAACAUCCUGGCUCAAUAGCCGCCGCAGGAGAUACUUGUUUCUUAUUCUAUGCUUCCCUUUUCUCCUCCCUUUGUUAUGCGCCACGUGGCCCUUUCUUUGCUUAGCAGAAAUUUUUUUCCGCAUAUGCCGGCGGCGGCGGCGGCGGCGGCGGCGGAAGACGGAGGAGUCCGUGGUUGAGGAGGGUGAGGAUGAAGUUGGAUUGAUGCAGAGAUACCUGGAAGAUCAGUUAUUGCUUGUGAUUGGAUCUGCGUCCGAGCGUGGGGAUGAUGAUGAAAAUCUUGGGGUUUAUAUGGAGUAUUUUGCUAAUACGAGGCCUCCAUUGCACUAAGUUGAAAUUUGACAUAUACUCCAAUGUCGAUCUUCUUUUGAUCUAACGGUGUUGUUUCCCUGAGAGGCGAUGAGGAUGAGCUCCGUCGUCCCAUCGUUAUGCUUCUUCAUUAUUAUCUUUCUGUUCCUUGUUUCUCCUACUCUCGGCAAGUAUGAAGCAGAUGAUCCAAUAACACUAUGGGUAAACAAGGUUGGUCCGUAUAACAACCCACAAGAGACCUACAACUACUACAGCCUUCCAUUUUGUCACCCACCUGGCAAUGCUGCUCACAAGUGGGGAGGCCUUGGCGAGGUUCUUGGAGGAAAUGAACUUAUUGAUAGCCAAAUUGAUAUAAAGUUUAAGAGAGAUGUGGAAUCGACUACAAUUUGUGAGCUUCAACUAGAUGCUGCUAAGGUUGAACAGUUUAAGGAUGCAGUUGACAAUUCAUACUGGUUUGAAUUUUUUAUGGAUGAUUUGCCACUCUGGGGUUUUGUUGGGGAGGUGCUUCCUGAUAGAAAUCGUGACACAAAGCAUGUGCUUUGGACACAUAAAAAUCUAGUCAUUGAAUACAACAAGAACCAGAUUAUUCAUGUCAAUCUCACUCAGGAAAACCCGAAGCCAAUUGAAGAAGGGAGAGUGUUGCGCAUGACUUAUUCUGUCAAAUGGAUUUCAACUAACAUCACUUUUGCACAUCGAUUUGAUGUUUACCUGGACUACCCCUUUUUUGAGCACCAGAUUCACUGGUUCUCAGUUUUUAAUUCUUUCAUGAUGGUGAUCUUUCUUACUGGUUUGGUUUCAAUGAUACUAAUGCGCACCCUCCGGAAUGACUAUGCUAAAUACACUCGGGAAGAUGAUGAUCUGGAGACUAUGGAAAGGGAUGUGAAUGAAGAAUCAGGUUGGAAACUUGUCCAUGGUGAUGUAUUUCGGCCUCCAAUAAACCUGUCUCUACUUUCAGCUGUUGUUGGCACUGGCGCUCAGCUUGCAACUCUUGUUCUGCUUGUCAUCAUUUUAGCAAUUAUUGGAAUGCUGUAUAUAGGGAGAGGAGCAAUUGUCACAACCUUCAUAGUAUGUUAUGCUCUUACAUCUUUCAUCGCUGGUUAUAUUAGCGGCAGCAUGUAUUCCCGCAAUGGGGGUAAAAGCUGGAUAAAAUCAAUGAUUCUCACGGCAUCACUUUUCCCUUUAAUGUGCUUUCUUAUUGGAUUCGUGUUAAACACAAUCGCCAUAUUCUAUGGCUCUCUAGCUGCCAUUCCCGUCGGUACAAUUGUUGUUGUUCUUGUCAUAUGGGCUUUCAUUUCCUUACCCUUGUCACUUCUUGGUACUGUUGUUGGAAGAAAUUGGAGCGGCACUCCAGACAAUCCUUGUCGUGUGAAGACAAUCCCUCGUCCAAUCCCUGAGAAGAAGUGGUAUCUCACACCAACUGUUAUCUCUCUCAUGGGAGGUUUGCUUCCUUUCGGAAGCAUUUUUAUUGAAAUGUAUUUCGUGUUCACUUCCUUUUGGAAUUACAAGGUGUACUAUGUAUAUGGCUUCAUGCUACUUGUGGUUGUAAUUUUGAUCAUAGUCACCGUCUGUGUAACGAUUGUGGGCACGUAUUUCUUGCUGAACGCCGAGAACUAUCAUUGGCAAUGGACUUCAUUCUUAUCUGCUGCUUCCACUGCGCUUUACGUAUUCUUCUAUUCUAUAUAUUACUAUCACGUGAAGACUAAGAUGUCGGGCUUCUUCCAGACCAGUUUUUAUUUUGGCUACACUUUGAUGCUCUGUUUUGGUCUCGGAAUAUUAUGUGGCGCUAUUGGCUAUCUCGGCUCCAAUUUAUUCGUUAGGAGGAUUUACAGAAACAUCAAAUGUGAUUAAUAUUAGUAACAUCAAAGAGCGAGCUUUGAUACUGCAGUUGCUCGUGAACAAAUAUGCAGACUCGAGAAGAGAUGGUGAUCGAAAUGCAUGGAUGUCACCACCAUUAUGGCGAGCUUAACUCCAUUGCUUAAGAAAAUGCAUUUUCUCUUCCCCCAUCAGAUUUUUGAAAUUUUACUGGCUAGCUUGUAAAUCGUACAUGUUACCAGGACUUAAUCCACGGAUGAGUGCAGGAUUUAAAUUUUGGUUCAUCUUCUUAAUA